CUGAGUGCGGGCUACGAAAACAAACAAAGAAAUUUCUAUUUCAACUCACCGGUUCAACCAAAGAAUGAUAAAAUUGACGAUUACGCCUUCGCUAGCGAUUCACUACUUUUAUCUGGAAAACUGAUAUAUCAUAAAGUUAACGUUGGACUCUACAAGCACAAAAGAAGAACAGGAGUUGAAAACCGAAAUGGAAAUACUGAAAGUCAGUGGCUACGAGGCGUUCCGUGAGACUGUGGAAAAGUUAGCACAUGAAAAAAGCAAUCAUAUAAAUGUGUAUUUCACAGGUGAGAAGGAUGCAACCGGCAAAAGUUGGUGUCCCGAUUGUAACGAAGCCGAACCUUUCGUGUUCUCAGCACUAAAAGAACAUGCCGAUAAAAACUCUGUUUUUGUGGUUGUUGAUGUUGGACCCCGUGCAUUUUGGAAAGAUAUGAAGAACCCUUUUCGAAAAGAUUCAGUAGCGCCCAUCUCUGUUAUUCCUACACUCCUGCGCUGGAAGUCACCUGCACGUCUUGAUGGUGAACAAUGCGCGAAACCAUCGCUGCUUGAAAUGUUCUUUACCGAAGAUACGGAUUAAAAAAACGACAUUUAUGUGUUCAGUUUAAUUUCAGGACUAUUGUAUAUUAAAACAAAUAAUAAAAUUAACA